AUGCAGCACAUCAAGGCGCCAGAAUCCGACUUUAGCACAAUUCCGCGCGCGCGCUCUCGCUCCCGCAGUGCUAGUAUCUCCAGCGAUUCGCAACUUUCUCUCAUUCAUCUCGCACCUCCUUCCGUGAACCCGCCUCCGUCAUUCAUUGCACAGUCUUCAGCAUCUCAGAUUAUCACCUCAGACCAAGAGUUCAACACUAUCGAUUUUGUAGCCGACGAAGAAGAUGACUCCGGUGCCCUCGUCACUACCGAAGCGUUGUCCGCUCUCAAUGGAUUCCUCGACCACCUCCUCCUCAACAUUUUAGCAGCUGCCAAAUCGACACAGCUCGCUUCCAUUAGACCCGCUGUUGCAGAUGUACUAAAACCUCGGCUAGCGAAGAUGGUAGUGUCUGUGGCCGAUGAGGAGUUGAGCGAGUACCUAGGAGAAGAGGAGGACGAACAAAUUGAGUUUCGUGGUGGCCAGACACCCAACGGUGAAUUUGACCUGAUUCACACCUGGAAAUUGACCCGCCUGCGCUGUAUGGUGUACACACGCCUCGGCGAUAUGGAAGAGGACGAUGAAGAGGAAUAUAUCGCCCAGGAAGGUUUAGUCGACGAUGAAGGUGCGCCGCGACGAUUCACCAAUCAUAUCGGCAAUAUCACUCCCGCUGCAGCCAUUUUCCUGACCUCAAUCAUCGAGCAUAUUGGAGAGCAAGCUCUCAUAAUUGCUGGAGAGACCGCUCGAUCUCGCCUAUCAACCAAGCUUGUUGUCGAAUGUGAUGAGGAAAACGAGGAGGUUAGUAUAGAAAGAGGAAGUAUGAACCGACUGAUAGUGGAAGAGCUCGACAUGGAGAAACUGGCUUUGAACGCGACACUUGGACGUUUAUGGCGAACGUGGAGAAAGCGUACUCGUACACCAAACUUGUCUCGACUAGCAUCCCGCGACUCAUUGAGACGCCGCAAUACUCCUGGCUUGCAUAGCAGGAAGAGCAGCUUUUCCGUGGCCGACGACCUUCAAUCGCAGCUCUCACCUCCCCUUGAGGAGCCCCAUCCUGAAGACCGGUCUCAGGUUGAUCCCGUAUCAGUGCCUCUACCUAUCGGCGAGAAUGAUGUUCAAGAAAUCGAGCAGCCAGAUCUUCAAGAUACUGAGACUGGCGAGAUUCAGACCAUGCAAGCUGUGGUUGCACACAAAGUACGCCCACAAAGUCUGAUGGUUCUCACUCUGCAAUCGCCGAAGUCGCCAGGUUCAAACACCAGUUCGCCUGUCUACCCCAAAGCUGGCGGUGGCCCAUCUGCCCGCCAUGCCCGAUCGCGGUCUCUACCAAGCGCACCUCGUCCCCCUACUGUCCCAACAGUUGAUGUCCCAACGACUGAUAUCGCAGCAACUGACGAAGAUGACUCGGUUACCCGUAGAUCAUCUCCCACUGCAUCUGAGAAGCGACGGCGCCUGGAGACCAUGUAUGAGCAGGAGGAACGUGAGGAGACCGGGCAAAUGGCGCCAGCAAAUGAAGAGAACAAAAUCCAGAAACUUGAAGCAUCAGCAGCAAAACCCUCUCAGCCAAAGUCCAAAACCAGAGUGCCGUUGGAUACGCUUGAGGAUGAUGGCUCAUCAGGGGACAUCGCACGGGAACCGGAGACACCCUCAACAUUUUUGGCUGAAUCUGAUACCGAAACCAUCGAAGGCCGAGGAACGGCUGAGAAACCAAGCUUUACUUCUGUGCAGCGGCCAAAGCGGAAGCCGAGCAAGGAUGUUUCAUGGAGAGAUGAACGAUCGGUUUCGGCUACAUCCGUACCUUCCUCGAGCGACCAAGUUGUGACCAGUGUGGUUGAAACCCCAUCAGGAAAACCGGGUGAAGAUGUAUCCACCGUGGUGCGUCCUGCCACUGCCCACACGCCCUCCACAGAGAUGAGCGCGAGCCUACCUCCGACUCCAGGCCGUGAAGUUCGUCCAUCGUUCGACAGCGUUCGAGGAUCGAGACCUGCUUCCAAUUCUGGUGACAGUGCCCGUUCUAGCUAUUCACGUACAUAUCCCCGGCCUAGCCACCUUAACCUAGCAAGUGGUAGCCAACGCUCUGCGACGUCCUCAGUGUCAAGCUCGGCAACAGAGCGUGCAGCAGUCCAGCGUGUCUCAACACGACCUUCGGCUUCCGCUGCACCAUCGUCUCAUCCCGCAACCCUGACAAAACCUCGCAGAUCAGGCAGUUUCGGUAGCCACCGAGAGAAGCGCCCAAUGACUGCCGGUUCUACUACAUCCCAGGUCUCAAACAAACUCAAAGGCUUUAUCAAUCGCCCAAACGAGCCUGGCUCUACACGUCCUCGUCGUGAUUCAGAAACAAGUAGAGCGUCUGGUGGAACUGCAGAGCAAUACGACGAUAAGUCUGGCUUAGACGAAUUGAUUCGCAGUGAAGAGACACUCCACUUUACUCUCACGCCAAAGAGCGUGAGGGAAAUGGAUUUCCCCGAAGAGCCAAAAAGGAAACCCCAGCGAUCAAACACUACAGACCUGGCGGACUUUUUGAAGAGCUCGGGCCCAGAAGACGCAACUCGAUCCAAGAUAUUAACUAGGGGUGCAACCACUUCGAGUCAGCCCUCGCCCAAGUCUAGAACUCCCGCGAAGUCGAAGCCUGCGCCGAUCCAGGUCCCUCGUUCGGUUGUCCCACAGAAGCCGAAACCGGGAAGUGCUCGCGAUGCUAGACCCAGUCCUGAGUCGAGCUCCGAUUUUGCUCAGUUCAUACGAAAUUCUGGACCAGCCAGCCCCCCGCUUACCGCUAAAUCGCCCGGCGCUCGCGGGUCCUCCGAUACUACAGAGCUGUCAAAGAAGCCACCUUCUCGGCCUGAGAGUGCCUUUUCGAACUCAACUCGUGGACCUAGACUGCAAGCUCGGACUGCUGCGGGUCCCAAAGCUGAAGGUAACUCGACGUCUGAUCUGAUCGACUUCAUCCGCGAAGGUCCUCCAACCGCUGGCGCUCGUCGUAUUCCACGUACUGUUGCGCCGUUCCGCAACACUAUGGACUCGGACGAUAUGGCUUACCACCAGUCUGCACCCUCAAUCACCAGCACCCAAGGCGACUCGUCGGUCACAAAGUCGCAGGCCUCUGUUGGCUCGCGCACCGGGCUUCUUGAUUCGUCAAAGUCAGCAAACGCAAAAUCCAGAAUAGUGCCGACUAAGCCGCAAUCCAAACCCUCCAGUAGAACGGUCACCGAAGAAGAUCCUCGUCCUAAGCGUACUCAGCGCCGGGUACCAGAUCCUUAUGCCCUUGACUGGGACGAUGACGAGUUGGAAGAGUUGCUAGAGGAAGAGGAGGCGAAACCAAAGCGUGAGGAAGAAAGUUUAAUUGAUUUCCUCCGCAACGUGCCUCCCCCUCAGUCGGAACCUCAACCGUUGGCGGUUAACAAACCGUCUAAAAUCACAAGUGGCAGUUUUGGAGGCGCUUCCUCAAUGAAGUCUCGAUUAUUGCGCAGCUCAUCUUCUGACAAAGGCCCCUCGCCGAGGGUUCCUUCGUCAAAGUCUUCUCAGGGCUCUCUACGCCAGCCUUCAGGCCAGAACCCUACGAGACCUUCAAACUAUACAACCAAGUCAAGCUCAGAGCGCAACACAGACUCCAUGUAUGGCCUGCCUUCUGUCUCGGAACGGCAGACAGAGACAGGCGCACUGGCCGAUUUUCUGCGGAAUACUGGACCCCCCGAGCCUCCCCGCCCCCCUCCAUCGAAGGACUCGAGUUUCUCACGCCGUUUCUUUACUCGGCGUAAGAAGGUUGAAGCCUGA